UAAUAAAGGACCCAAUUUAGAAGCAUAUUUUUAAUAUUUAUGCUAUAUAUUGGGAUCCUGAAAUAAUAUGAAAUGCUUUUUUCCAAAAUUAAUAAAAUUAUAGUUCUAGGAAUAUUGAUUUUAAUUGUUCCUACUUAUGGCAAUCAAAGCACACAUUUGAAAACUAGAGAUUCUCAAGAAAGCGCAGUAAAUACGCCGCUUAAGGAUUUUGUUGUUGAGGAUGAAGAUAUCAUUGCUUAUAUUUUGAAAGAAGAUUAUAAAAAUGAAAAUAAAUGCAAGCUAAAGCUUAAGGAAUAUUGUGAAGAAUUGAAGGUUAUAGAUCAAGGAUUAAAUAAAGUUCAUAGUAAAGUUAAAGAAAUUUGUAAUAAUGUAGAACAAAAAUGCACAGAUACGAAAGCAAAGAUUGAAAAAGAAUUGGAAGCUUUUAAAAAUGAACUUAAUUUAUUGAAAAAUUUCAUAAAUGAAGGAAAUUGUGAAAAAUAUGAAGAAAAAUGUAUACUUUUAGAGGAUGCAGAUCCAGCUAAUCUUAAGGAGAACUCUAUCAACUUGAGGGAAGGAUGUUACAUAUUCAAGCGUGAAAAUGUGGCAGAGGAGCUUCUUUUGAGGGCGCUCGGAAAGGAAGCUAAAGAUGAUGGUGAAUGUAAAGGAAAGAUGAAAGAUGUUUGCCCAGUGUUAAGUCGAGAAAGCGACGAGUUGAUGACUUUUUGUCUUAAUCCAACUAGCACGUGUCCAUAUCUAAAAAACAAAUUAGAAAAAGUUUGCGAGUCUUUAAAAAAAAAACUUAAAGAUGGCGAAUUAGUGGAAAAGUGUCAUGAAAGACUUGAGAAAUGCCAUUUUUACGGAGAAGCGUGUGAUAAACCAAUGUGUGAUGAGGAUAAGACGAAAUGCAAGGAAAAAAAUAUUACAUAUAAAGCUCCAGGAUCCGAUUCUAGUCCUGUCGAACCGAAGCCGUCGUUGUUGACAAGGAUUGGGUUGGAAGAUGUUUAUAAAAGAGCUGAAAAACAUGGGAUUAUUAUUGGAAAAGCAGGAGUGGAUCUACCAAGAAGGUUUGGUGAUGAUUUACUCCAAGAUCUCUUGUUAGUGUUGAGCAGAUAUGAGCGAGAGAAGGAACCAGAUAAAAAGUGCAAAAAAGCGUUAGGAAAAUGUGAUGAUUCUAAGUAUUUGGAUACUGAAUUGGAAAAGUUAUGCAAUGAUGGAAAGAAACAAGAAAAAUGCGAAAAAAUGCUAGAUGUAAAAGAAAGAUGUACAAAACUCAAAUUAAAUCUUCAUCUGAAUGGGUUGUCUACGGAAUAUGAUGAAAAAGCUGAUUCAGAUCUUUUAUUCUGGAGAGAGCUGCCAAUAUUAUUUACGAAGGGAGAGUGUACAGAACUUGAGUCGGAAUGUUUUUAUUUAGAAACAGCGUGUAAAGAUAAUGAGAUUGAUCAAGCGUGUCAAAAUGUACGAGCAGCGUGCUAUAAAAUGGGACAAGAUAGGAUGUUGAAUAGGUUCUUUCAAAAGGAACUAAAGGGGAAGCUUGGUGAUUUAAGAUUUGAUAGUGAAAGUCUUAAAAAAUGCCAAGAAUAUGUGGUAGAAAACUGUGCAAAACUUAAAGAUAAAAGAUACCUUCCAAAAUGUCUUUACCCUAAAGAACUAUGUUAUGCGCUUUCAGAUAAUAUUGUUGUUCAAUCAAGAGAGUUAGGUGUGCUUUUGGAUGGUCAGAGAGAUUCUCCAUUAGAAAAACAUUGUCUUGAAUUGGGGGAGAAGUGUGAUGAACUUGAUAGGGAUUCAUAUUUGAAUUCUGGAAAGUGUGAAACAUUGAAAAGACGCUGUGAAUUUUUUAACGUUACAAAGAGAUUUAGAAAAGAAUUUUUAAAAAGAAAAGAUGAUUCGUUAAUGACUCAGGAUAAUUGUACGAAGGCGUUGCAUGAGAAAUGUGAAGCUUUAUCUAGGAGGAGAAAGAAUCCAUUUAAGGUUUCAUGUGCUUUGCCAGGAGAAACAUGUAAAUAUAUGGUACACCAUACAAGACAAGAUUGUUUUUAUUUAAAUGCCAACAUGGAAAUUGAACAAAUUGUAGAAAGAAUUGAAGAAGAAAUUGAAAAAGUAAAUGAAAAAGCAAAUGAAACCUUGGUUGAAGAACUCUGCACAACAUGGGGCCCAUAUUGUCACCAAUUUAUGGAGAAUUGUCCAAGUACUUUGAAAAAAAAUAAAAUUAAACCAGAUUAUAAUUGUGAAGAACUCGAUGAAAAAUGCAGGGAUACUUUUAAAAAGUUGGAAUUGGAGGAGGAGCUGAGUCAUCUGUUGAAAGGCAGUUUAAGCAACGGUAAUCAAUGUAAAGAAGCAUUAGGAAAGCGUUGCACUGAGUUGCAAAAUAAUGAAACAUUCAAAAUUCUGCUUGAUAAGUGUGAUGUUAAUACCAAGGGAACUGUUUGCGCGAAAUUAGUUAAAAAAGUAAAAGAGAGAUGUCUUACUUUAAAAGACGAUCUAGAGGAAGCGAAAAAAGAGUUGAAGGUCAAGAAAGAAGAAUACGAUAAACUCAAACAGGAGGCAGAAAAAUCUACAAAGGAAGCUAGCUUAUUGCUAUCAAGACCUAGACAAACUGUAAUGCCAAGUGCGCAGAAUGGCAGUGCUUCUGAAGAAGUAUCACAACCACCGUCAGCACCAGAAAAAGAGUCAUCACCACCACAACAAGUACCAGCAGGGUCAUCAUCAUCAGACUCAUCAUCACAAUCACAAGGGUUACCAUCAUCACCAGAGUCAUUACCACCAUCAUCAUCAACUGGUGGGACGCCAAACGCAUCAGAUGGAACGACGGGCCCUUCAAAACUUGGACUCGUUAAAAGAGCAUAUGUAGAUGGAGAAGUAUCAGAAGCAGAGGUAAAAGCAUUUGAUGCAACGACAAUAGCAUUGGAGCUGUAUUUGGAAUUGAAAGAGGAAUGUAAAGCUUUAGAACUAGAUUGCGGUUUUAGAGAGGAUUGUCCGAAUUCUAAAGAAGUUUGCGGAGAAAUAGACACGUUAUGCAAAGAAAUAGAACCAUUAAAAGAUAAGCCUUAUGAAAAAAUAACAGAACCGUGUACAUUAUUGCAGACGACGGAUAUAUGGGUGACGAGUACGUCGAUAGUGACGUCAACAGUCACGUCGACCUCGAUGCGCAGGUGCAAGCCUACCAAAUGUACUACUGAUUCAAGCAAAGAGACACAGAAAGGAGAAGAAGAAGAAGAAGAAGAAGAAGUAAAGCCAAAUGAUGGGAUGAAAAUAAGAGUUCCUGAUAUGAUUAAAAUAAUGUUGUUGGGAGUGAUUGUUAUGGGGAUGAUGUAA